CGAUGAAGAUGAUGAAGACGAAGAUGAGGAUGAGGAGGAAGAGGCGGUGGUGGUGGCGCUGUACGAUUUCCCCGGGAUGGAGCCCCACGACCUGAGUCUGGAGAAAGGAGGCGAGUACGUGGUCCUGCAGAAAUGUGACGUGAACUGGUUCAGAGCGAGGAACAAGUACGGAGAGGAAGGCUACAUCCCAAGUAACUAUGUAACGGAGAGAAAAUCCGGAAACCUGGUGCAUUUUGUGUGGUACAGUAAACAAGUCAACAGGAAUAAGGCCGAGGAGCUGCUGAGGAAGGAGGAUAAAGAAGGCGCUUUCAUCGUCAGAGACUCCAGCACUUCGGGAGCUUACACCGUCUCUCUGUACGCCAAAACAUCUGCAGGGGACGGAGGAGCAGUUAUAAAGCAUUACCACAUCAAGGAGACAAAGGAAUCGCCUCUGCAGUUUUAUCUGGCUGAGAAACAUUUAUUCUGCUCCAUCCCCGACCUCAUCGAGUAUCACAAACACAAUGCAGCAGGUCUAGUUGCCAGGUUGAGGUGUCCAGUCGGGAAACAGGAUAAAGCGGCUCAGUCCACCGCAGGAUUCAGCUACGGUGAGACA